AUGACUGACAACCAGUCUGUGACAUCGAGCCUCUUCCGAUGUGUCUCGCGUGGGGCAGGCUGUGACAUCCUGCAGCUGGCCAUCGUUCACCAGGCUAAAGGCAGACUGAAGAAAUACUUCCGAGUGUACAAUAUCUGGAGCAUGGACAGAAUCGCCUAUCAUCCAAUACGAGUAUCUCCCCACGCCUCACUGUUUUUACCCCUGUCGCAGCAGGAACUAAAGGUUUACCAGACAGAAUGUCUCAACACGCUCAGGGUAUUCGCAUCUUCUGACGGCAAGCCUGGACAGAGCGACCAGCAGCCCGACUCUCAUAUAAAUAAUACCGAUGACACGCUCCUCGCUGGUCAUCUCCCUAGCCAUGUCGAGCCCGAUGUUGGAUCCCCAGUAGGCUACACAACCCCGUCGCCACUCUCAAUCCCACUUUCAUCCUGCCCUGCUCCACAUCACGCCGACGACUCACAGCCUUCUCAGCGUCCCGUAACAAAUAAGCGGUCUUACCAAAGCAUCGGUGCCGAGAACGACGAUUCUACCGACGCUCCGCCGAACAUGCCUCACUUUCCCAAGCGCACCCGUCAUCUAGCUCAUCCUGAUUCGCAGAGCUCGAUCAGUGACACAGUGGCCCAACAUUACAACAUGAGGCCUAACUUGACGAAAGGAGCACGCACGGAAUCGCCGAUAUUUGGCUUGAGGAAAUUCAACAACUGGGUGAAGUCAGUGACGAUCGGCAAAUUCGCCUCGAUCGAGUCGCCCUUCAUGAGCCCUCUGUUAUCCCGCAAUACACAUCGUCAACAACAGCAUCACUCCAAUUCUCAUUCGAAAUAUAGCGGAACUAAAAUACUUGAAUUAGGGUGUGGAAAAGGAGGCGAUUUGGCUAAGUGGCAAAACGCUGGUGUUAGGGAACUCUACGGAUUUGAUAUUGCUGCGGUCUCAAUUGAACAGGCUCAAUCGAGAUAUCAAGAAAAUUGCAGUCAAAGAUUUUACGCCAAGUUUGUAGCUUUAGACUGUUUUUCGCUGCCAAUUGAUUCAGUUUUGAGUCCAGAAGAGCUUAGGGAGCCAUUCCACGCGGUCUCCUUACAAUUCUGCAUGCAUUAUGCGUUCGAAAGCGAAGCCAAGGCUCGGACCAUGAUGGAAAAUGUCUCCAAGUACUUGGUUUCUGGUGGGGUCAUGAUCGGCACGAUCCCUGACCCCGAUCUGCUAAUACAAAGGUGGGAAAGAUGUUCACGCGAAUCAAAUGCGGAGAAGCCUAGCUUUGGCAACUCGGUCUACGAGAUUAGGUUUCCCUAUCCACUCACUCCUCAACGGCGCGAGCUUGAUCAAGUCUACGGAAACAGAUAUUCGUUUUACUUAGAAGACGCAGUAGAAGAUGUCCCUGAAUAUCUGGUUCUCUGGGAACCCUUUGUUCGGUUGGCCCAAGAAUUCGGUCUCAAAUUAGUUUACAAGAAGGGGUUUCAUGAGCUUUUUCAGACCGAGAAAGCUAAUCCUAGCUAUAAGAGUCUGCUGUUUAAAAUGAAGGUGAUCAAUUCGGAGGGUAAUCUGAUGAUUUCCAGUGAUCAAUGGGAUGCCACUGGCAUCUAUUCAGCUUUCGCUUUUAUCAAGAUGUGA